CCGCUUUAAAGCCACCGUUUCAGAUCUUUUGCAUGCCGUAGAUAUUUUCAAACCCCCUACUUCACUUUUCUCUCUUUAUAUAUCCACUCACCACCAACUCUCUUCCCAUCUUUCUCCAAUCUAAUACCUAAAAUCACCACAUUCAUCAUCAUCAAUGGCAGCCAUGGCCACAACCCUCACCUCUUCUCUCUCUAAAACCGCUUUCUUUGACAACAAGUCCUCUUUCCAUGGCUCCCCUAUCCCCACUCGCGCCGCCCAGCCCAUCAGGGCUACCCCACACAACCUCUCCGUCACCAUGUCUUCCGCUCCUUACAAUCUUGACAACUUCAAGUUCCAUCCCAUUAAAGAAUCCAUCGUCUCCCGUGAAAUGACCAGACGUUACAUGACGGACAUGAUCACUUAUGCCGAUACCGAUGUCGUCGUCGUCGGUGCUGGCUCUGCAGGCCUCUCCUGCGCCUACGAGCUCAGCAAGAACCCCAAUAUCAACAUCGCCAUCAUCGAGCAAUCCGUGAGCCCUGGAGGAGGAGCGUGGCUCGGCGGCCAGCUCUUCUCCGCCAUGGUCGUUCGGAAACCCGCCCACAGGUUUCUGGACGAGCUUGAAAUCGAGUAUGAUGAGCAAGACGACUACGUUGUCAUCAAGCACGCCGCCCUGUUCACCUCCACCAUCAUGAGCAAGCUCCUGGCGCGGCCUAAUGUGAAGCUCUUCAACGCGGUCGCCGCAGAGGACUUGAUCGUGAAGGGAGGAAGAGUCGCCGGCGUGGUGACGAACUGGGCCUUGGUUUCUAUGAAUCAUGAUACACAAUCGUGCAUGGACCCGAACGUGAUGGAAGCGAAAGUGGUGGUGAGUUCCUGCGGCCAUGACGGGCCUUUCGGCGCCACGGGGGUGAAGCGGCUGAAGAGCAUUGGAAUGAUUGACAGCGUGCCUGGAAUGAAGGCCCUCGACAUGAACACCGCCGAGGAUGCCAUUGUUAGGCUCACCAGGGAGAUUGUGCCUGGAAUGAUCGUUACAGGGAUGGAAGUCGCUGAAAUAGAUGGAUCGCCAAGAAUGGGCCCAACUUUUGGAGCAAUGAUGAUUUCGGGGCAGAAAGCAGCGCACUUGGCGUUGAGGGCGUUGGGGCAACCAAGCGCUUUGGAUGGUGGUCGGAAUGAAGUGAAGACAGAUCAACCGGAAUUCAUUCUGGCCUCAGCUGAGCCUGAUGAGACAGUAGACGCAUAAAUUGUGAGUGAAUAAGCUGAAAUAAGACGAAAGUCCGCGAAAUCGUUGUUAGGAGCUGGUAGAUGUGAAGUCAUCUGGUUUUAGAUAAGUGGAGAUGUUGUAACACUUUUGCUGGACAAACCAUCUUCCUUGGUUUUCACGUUCAUGACGACUGAUCCCUUCACAAAAUUAAAAAAGAAAAAAAGCAUUUGUUUUAGAAUU